AUGUUAAAAUUUUUUUUUUUUUUUUUUUAUAUGUUCCUAAUUAUUUAUGGCAUAGCUACCUUAAAUAUCAAAAAUGAAAAUAAUAAUAAUGUGCCAAAUUUUUUUGAGAAUAGAUAUUAUGUAAAUAAUGAAAGGGGGAAAAUAUUAUCCUCCUCAAAUUUAGACAAUACAGACAAAACGUAUAAUCAUAAUAAUAAUAAUAAUAAUAAUAAUAACAUUAGUAGUAGUAAAUAUAAUAUAGGGAUUUUAAAAAGGUUAGACAAAUCUUCCACUGUGAAAGAAUUAUAUAGAAACAAAAAUAAAGUCCUAAAUAAAUUGAAAUAUAAAAAUAUUAGAAAAAUAAAAAAAAGAAGAAGAAGAAGAAGAAAAAAAGAAGCGAAUAUUGAUAAGGUCAAUUUAUCUAGAAACUUUUUAUUUUCUUAUAUACAGAAAAAUUUAUUUAGUACUAGAUCUUAUUUUAAUGUAUCACAAUUAUUUAGUAGAUUACAAAAUUUUCUAGAUCAAUUUUGUUAUCCUGGUUUAGGUAGAUGUAUUCCAUAUAUGAAUGAAUGUUUAUGUUAUGAUAAAUCAAAGAUGAAACCUAAGACAGCAAAAUCAUGUUUAAACAAUUGUGGUGUUAUAUCGUUAUGUUCUGGAUAUCCUUAUGGUCCAGGAUAUAAAAUAAUCCCCGAUGAAUUUAUCAACAACAGAAAAGUAGUAACCUGUGUAGUUUCUAGUCUACAAAAUAAGCUAGAUAGAACAUGUGGUUAUAAUAAAAAAAUGCGUUUUAAUGAAAAUAAAAUUUAUUGUAUACCUUAUGAUUUAUUAGAUAUGAAUAUGUCAGGAAUUUAUUGUGUAAAUAAUAAUAAAGAGACAAUAUUUUGUAAAGGAUUCCUUCGGCAGAUUUAUACAAAUUUAAAGGAAUAUGAAAUACUUGAUAUUGCAUAUCAUAAUUUUAUACUUAAUAAUCCUUGUAAUGAACAUAUAUACGAUGAUGGAACAAAUUACAAAGGUUGUCAAGAUACAUCGAUUUCUGGAAGAAAAUGUUUACACUGGAAUUCUUUAAAUAUGGAAAAAAUAUUACCGUAUUUAUAUUUACAUAAUUAUUGUAGGAAUCCCGAAGGAUUAUCAUAUAUUUAUUGUUAUGUUGAUAAUAAUGGUAUAAUUACAAGAGAAUAUUGUGAAAGUAGAAGUAAUAUAAUAUUUAAUAAUAUAGUAUAUUCACGAGAGAAAAAUUUUCAUUUUGAUAUAACUAUGAAAAAUGUAUCUGAUUUUCGUAUAAAACUACAUAAUAAACCAUGUAAUCAAAGAUAUUUCCUAAAUAAGUAUCAAAUUAAUGAAUUCACAUAUGAUAAAAGAAAUUAUACUUAUCAUAAUAUAAAUGGAGAAAUUGCGUUAACUAUCUCGUUUAAGAAUUUUUCUUAUAAAAACAAUUAUGAUUAUAAAUUACAUAUAUGUGCAUGUUUUAAAUAUUAUUAUACAAAUGAUUUUGUGAUAUGUUCAACAGAUGAUUACAAAGUAGAAAUAGGUUCAUUUCUUAUAACAAAGGCAUAUACUGAUAAAGAUACUAAUGUGUUUUAUUUAAAUAGACAAUAUAAUUUAUCAUUUAAUAUAAAUUAUGAAAUAAUAAAAAAUGAAAUAUAUAUUAUUAAAGGGGAUUAUGCGUAUGAAUGUAAUCAUUUAAGAAUAAUAGAAAAUGACAAUAUUCAUAUGAUUACUAAUAUGAAUAUAUUAUUUAAUUAUUAUAAAAAUCAAAAUUUUCAAAAAAUCCACCCACCUCUAGAACCUAAUAAAAAGUAUUCCUAUAUAUAUUCUUACUUCGAUCCUAUUAUAGAUCUAUCAUCUAUUUUAAAGAAAAAUGAACUUUUUAUUAAUCCUCAAUCUAGUAAUAUUAUAAAAGGAUACCAAAAUGUAGAUAAUCUAAAUAAUGAUGGAAAGCCAAAUUCAAAGAGUAAGUUUGCUAAAAAUAAGCAUAUGUUACAAAAUGGGUCUCCUAAUAAUAACAAUAAUAAUAAUAACAAUAAUAAUAAUAACAACAAUAAUAAUAAUAACAACAACAAUAAUAAUAAUAAUAAUAAUAAUAAUAGUAACAAUUUUAUGCAUAGUCAUAAUACAACUUUUCAAAAACUUUACAAUUUAAAAAAUGGAUCCAAUUUAAUAUGCAUUAAACACCAAUAUAGCAAAUUCACCUACUAUUAUUAUUCAGGAAAAAUAAUAUAUGAUAAUAAAAAUUUUGAACAUACUAAGUAUAUAUUAAAAAACGGAAACAAGACACAUGAAAAUUUAUUGUAUAUUCAAGAUAUUUCAAAUUAUCAAGAUAUAAUUUUUUUUUCUUUUUCAUCAACAAAUUGUGAAUUUGUAGAUACGAUAAACACAAAAGAAAAAUAUGUUCAUGUUUUUAUUCUAAGGUAUACAAGUCGUCUAAAAAUGCAUUCAUUCAUAUUUCCAUAUGAUACUUAUAUAAAGGGGUAUAACAGCAAUGUCAAUAAAACAAAUACAAUAAUAAUAAAUAAUAAUGUAAACACCAAUACUAAUAUGAAGAAUAAUAAUCAAGGCAAUAUUUUAUCUAACAUGAACAAUAAUAAUAAUAAUAAUAAUAAUAAUCAAGGCAAUAUUUUAUCUAACAUGAACGAAAUAUAUUACUUUUUCCUAAAAUCCAUGUACUUUAAAACAGAUAAUAAAAUUACAUAUUUAUGUAGUAGGACAAAUAACAACAAUAAUCGAAUAUCAUUAUCGUUAGUUGUUUUUUCAGAUUUAUUAUUUGUAAGAUAUAAUGAAUUUGCUCAUCAUUUUGAAAUAUUUAGCGAACCAACAAAUGUAUAUAAUCAUUAUUUAGAUAAUGAUUCAUAUAAUAAUUUUAUAAAUAAAUAUUUUCAUACAGAAGAAUUUUUAGAUAAUCAAGAUAUGAAUAAAAUAAUAUCUGUAUGGUCUCAUGAAAAUGAUAAUUAUAUAUCAUUUUGGUUAAUUUCAUCUAAUGCAUUAACUCCUUUUUUUUUAUUAAAGUUUCAUAUAAAUUCUCCUAGAUUUACCUUUCUACAUUUUAUUAAAUCAGAACAAAAUCAUAAUAAUAAUAAUAAUAUAUUACUAAAGUUAUAUAUUUUUAAUAUAAUAUAUGGAUAUGUCAGAAUGUAUAUAACAAAUAAUUUCAUAAAUAUUAUUUUAGUAAAAACUGUAUCUUUAUAUGAACAUGAUAAAGUUGCUUGUGUUGAAAAUUUUUAUUUUAACAAGGAACCAUAUUUUUUAUUAUUAUAUAAAAAUAAUACAAUUACUAUAUUAAAUAAUAAUUUAAAUAAAAUUCAUUUCAAAGAUAACAAUUUCAAUAUUUACAUUAUGUCUAUACCUCUAAAGGUUAAAUGUUUGACUGAUAAAAAUGUAACAUGUUUUAUUUUAUAUAAAUAUCAGAAAAUGUUAUGGUUCCAGAUUUUAUUUAAUAUGAAUGAAGAAUCCAAUGUUAUGCCUAAACAUGAUUUGUUCACAAGGGAUAAGCAAGAUCACCAUGAAAAAGGAAUACUUAAAAAAGGUAGUAGUAGUAGUAUUAAUAGUAGUAGUAGUAUUAAUAGUAGUAGUAGUAUUAAUAGUAGUAGUAGUAGUAGUAAUAUUUAUCAUCAUAAUAAUUACUAUGGUGAGUAUAAGAAAAAAGAAUACAAUUUGCUUAUGCCUAAUGAUAUAAGAAUAUAUAUAAAAUAUAUGAAUACUUAUAUUGAAAGUGAUGAUGAAUUAAAUUUAGAUAAUUCAACAAAUAUUACAGUUAUAAAUAAAUUAGAUGAAUUUAUUAUUUAUGUAUCAUUUAAAUCAUCCAAUAAAUUAUAUAUAUAUUCAACAGAUAGUUCUAAUAAUACAAUUAAAUAUUAUAAAUAUAUAAAGAAUGAAAAUAUAUCAAAUUAUAAAAUUAAUUCUAUUUUUACAUAUUCAUUUUCUUAUCAUAAUUAUAUUAACUUAUUUGUUAUUAAAGAAGGUGAAGUACCAUCCUUAUGUGUAUUUAUUCAUGAAUAUUCAAGUAAAACUUCAAUAUCCUAUAAAGCUAAAGAUAUAUAUAUAUAUAAUAAAAAGGUUGUAUUAAACCCAGUUAUAGAAGGUGAUAAACGUCAAAUAAAAUAUUUCACGUUAGAUUAUGAUAAACAAUUAAAUGAUCAAUUUAUUCAUAUAGAUAAAACGACUGGAGUUUUAUCAUUUAAAUUUAAUACUAUAAAAAAAUUAAAUGUUCACUUAGAAAUUGUUAUGUAUGGAUUAUUUCAUAUAUAUAAUUAUAAACUUAAUUUUAAAAUUGUCUGUGAUAAUGGUUAUUAUUAUAUUUUUAAUGAUUGUUUUCCUUGUCCACAAGGUUAUUAUAAUAAUAUUAAUAUUAUUAAAACCAAUGUAGAUUUUAUCAAUAAAUGUAUGAAGUGUGAUAAAAACAAAACUACAUUAAUAGAAAAAUCUAGUAAUAAAACAGAUUGUUUAUGUAACUUUGGAUAUGAAUAUAUAAAAAACCCAUCAGAUCCACAAGAAUUUAUUUGUUCUCCAUGUACCAGAGGAAUGUAUAAAAACACUAUAUCGAAUAAAUUAUGUGAUGGUAAUGCUUGUACAGGUAAUUUUACUACGUCAGUUAUAGGUGCAAAAAAUAUUAUAGAAAGUACUUGUUUCUGUAAACCAGGUUUUUAUGUAACUUAUGAUUAUACAGGACUAGAAUUUUGUAAAGAAUGCCUAUUACAUUUUUAUUGUCCGGGGAACGUAAAAGGUAUACAAAAAUGUCCUAUACAUAAUGAAACACUUCAAGCAGAAAAAAGAAUUAAUUUUGAUUCUCUACAUGGUUGCUUCUGUAAAAAAGGAUAUGAACCUAUAAAUAUAUUAAACAUUAAUAAAACGGGAACAAGAGAUGAACAUUAUUAUAAACUUUUCCAUAAUACAUAUGCUGAUAAAUUCAAAGAUAUUAAUCCAAAACAUAUAUGUAUGGAAUGUGAUAUAGGUUAUUAUAAAGAUACUAUAUCUUUUCAACCUUGUAAAAAAUGUCCAAACCAAUCAACAAAUAAAAAAUAUGGUUCCACUUCAUUAAACGAUUGUAAUACUUGUCAUAGUGGAUAUUAUAAAAAUAUCAACAAAACAUGUUCUACAUGUUUACCAAACCAUUUCUGUGUAGGAGAUUUAUUACAAAAAGAUUUAGACAAAUAUUCAGGAGAUGCAGUUAUCUGUCCAAACAAUUCUGUUACUAAAAAACCAUAUAAAGAAAAUGGUAGUUUUAAGGAUUGUUUAUGUAUUGAAGGAUAUAUAAAAAAUUAUCAAGAAUCAUAUAAUAUAAAUGACCAUUGUAAAUUAGUUCCAUUAAAUUUUUAUAAAGAUUCUAUUUCUAACGAUAUAGGUACACCAUGCCCUGUAGAUAGUAUUACUUUAAAUGUGGGCGCAAAAAGUAUAAAUGAAUGUUUGUGUAAUAAAGGAUAUUUCUAUAAUGUCAAGAAACAACAAUGUAAAGAAUGUCCUAUAGGUUUUUAUUGUCCAAAAAUAAGCUCAAAAAAUAAUAUAAAAAAACCUAUCAAAUGUCCUAAAAAUUCCUCAAGUAUAAAAAAAGGUAUGUAUAUAUCAAACAAUUGUCAAUGUAAUUUUGGAUAUACAAAUUAUAUACACAUGGAUAAUAAUCAAUCCUUAUUAAAUAAUAAUAUUAUUAAAUAUGAUAACAAGAAAAUGAACAAAAUGUUUUAUUCAUUUUUAUCAAAUAAUUUUUAUAUGUAUAAAAAUAAAAUCAAUUAUAUAAAUAAAUCUUAUAAUAAUAUGAAUUUAAUUCUUUUACGUAAUAUAGAAAAUAAGAAUGCUAUUUAUAAAAAGAAAAAACGUAAAAAUGUUUUAUGUAUUAGAUGUCCUCCUAUGACAUAUAAAGCAACUAUAUCUAAUGAUCCUUGUGAAGUGUGUCCAUUAAAUUCUAGAACUAUUGAAAGUGUAAACAAUUCCAACAUCUUUUUUUGUUUAUGUAAUCCUGGUUAUUAUUUACAUGAACAGAUGUGUAAGCCUUGUUCUUUUAGUAAAUUAUAUUGCACAGGAGAGAACAUUUUUAUAAUAAGCGAAUCCUUAUAUGAAACGGCACUUCAAGAGAUAAAAAAUAUUUAUAUAUCUAAGAACAAUCAUAUGUAUAAAAUGAUUUUAAUGAAUUUGACAUUGUACGAUUAUAGUCAAAAUGUUAAUAUAUAUAAUAAUAAUAAUAAUAAUAAUAUAUAUAAUAAUAAUAUAUCUAAUAUAUAUAAUAGUAUUAAUCUUUAUAAUAGUGAUAACAAUAUUUUUGUAAAGCCCAUUGUCAAUAAGAAAAUGAAACAUCAUAAUAAUAUUAUUUAUCCCCCUUACAACCUUUUGAAUACUCAAGUUGAUACAAUUCCAUUCCUCAAAAAAAAAUAUGCAAAUAAUAUAAAUAUUUCAAAUAUAUUUGAUGUGGACUCCUUAUAUAAAGAACACAUCCAAAACACCAACAGUUUAAAUACCAUUUUGAAAAGUUUUUUUCAUAAGGAUAAUGAAAAUUUAAUUUAUGUAAAAUAUCAAAAUUUUGUGACAUGUGGGAAAAAUACAGUAAUACCCUUAGGUGUUGAUUCUUCAUAUACAUUUGAUGAUUGUAAAUGUAAGAAGGGUUAUUAUUUAAAAUCAAAAGAUAUAAAUAAGUCUAUAAAAAUCUGUCAACCUUGUAAAACAGGAACAUUUAAAAAUUAUGUUGGAGAUGAUACAUUUUGCAUACAUUGUCCACCUAAAUCUACCAGUUUAGAAGGUUCGAUUUAUCCUACCCACUGUUUUUGUAAAGAAGGUUUUUUUUAUAGUAAAGGAUAUUGUUUAGAAUGUCUAGAAGGUGCUUUAUGUAAAGGAGGUUUAAACAAAAAUGUAAUGAAACGUAUGAAAUUUAAUAUGGAAAAUAUACUUAUCACAGAAAAGGAUCAUAUAAGACCACACUCGAAUAAAAAUUAUUAUUUAGAUAAGAGUGUUAUAGAUGUAGUAGAUGUUAGUGAAUGGAAAUUUAUUAAAUGCCCUAUAAAAGGAGCAUGCUUAGAAAAAAAUAAAUGUCAUAAGUCUAUGAAUAAUUAUUUAUGUAUUGAAUGUGCAAAGGGAUAUACUAAUAGUUUUAUGACAUCAUUAUGUGUAAAAUGUCCUAAUAAUAUAACUAAUAUGAUACUGUUAUUUCUCAUUUAUAUAAUAUUUUGUUUUAUUAUAAUUAUUAUUUCCUAUUUAAAUAUCACAUCAGGAUUUUAUAGACGAUCCAUACAUUCGAUUGUAAUAAAGAUUGGAGUUAAUUAUAUAUCUAGCAUGUUAUUUAUUAAAGUUUUAGAAGAUAGUAAUGUAUCAGUUCCUAUAUCCUUUAUUCAUUUUUAUAACAAAAUGGAAAAAUUCUUACAUAUGGGUGAAAAUAAAAAAAUUGUAAGUGUAGACUGCUUGUUAAGAUAUUAUUUUAAUUUGAAUUAUUCUAAUUCUUUCUUCUAUUCAAGUGUACUGUUUUUUUUUAUUCCUAUUUUUUUAAUAAUAACAUUAACUAUUAUUUUAUUUAUUAUAUUGAAAAUAUAUCAGUGUGUACAAAAAAAAAAAAUUGCUAAUAAAUUAGAUUUAUUAAGGAUAGCUGAAAUUGAGAAAAUACAUUUUUUAGCUAGUUCAUUGAAAAAGUCUUAUUCAAGACAAAGGAUUAUAAUGAUAUUAAGAUAUAUACAUUUAGAUAAUUAUAAAACAAUCGAUAAAAUAUGGAUAUUUUUUGAAGAUAUGAUACCAGUAUAUGUGACAUUCUUAUUUAUCAUACAUGCAAAAACAUCUUUACGAAUGUUUCAAUUAUUUGAUUGUUCAUAUAUAAAAUAUACAAAAUAUUUGGGAAAAUAUAUAUUAAGAAGAGCUAGCAGUGUUCAAUGUAGUUUUAAAGAAGAUUAUUCAAAAUUUUUCUUUCUAGGAUUAACAGGAACAAUCAUAUGGUCUUUAGGAAUACCACUUUUUUCAUUUUAUGUAUUAUAUAUAAAUAGACAUAAUUUAUUUAAUGAAAACGUAAGAAUAAGAUAUGGAUUUUUACAUAAUGGAUAUGUACCAAAUAAAUGGUAUUGGGAAAUAAUUGUUUUUUCAAGAAAAAUAUGUGUUCUUUUUAGUAUGACAGUUAUUAUAUUUCCAUCAGAUGAAAGUAAUGCUUCUCAAUUAUUACUAGUAACAUUCGUUGCUAUAUUUUCCUUAUGUCUUCAUUUUAUAUUUCAACCAUUUGAUAAAAGAAAUUAUUUUACUUUAAAUAAAUUAGAAAAUCUUAGUUUAUAUAUUUGGGUUUCAACGAUUGUUUGUACAUCCAUUUUGUUAUCUAUGAAUUUAAACAAAUUAAUUAAUUUCAUUAUUUUAUUCACUUUGUUUAUUCUUAACCUUUUAUUUUUUAUCAAACUAUUAUUCUGUUUAUUUUUUGAAUGUCUUGAUAAUAUAAGAAGAUCUAAAGCAUGUUAUCAUCUACCCGUACUUGGAACGUAUGCAAAGCUCUUAGGCGAUAUUAUGGAAAAGAAAAGAAAACAAGAGCCUAUAAUUUUUUAUGAUAAAUUGUGUAAACAAAUAUGUAUCAUGCUUCCUGUUCAAUGUGGACAAGUACCCAAAAAUAAAAAAAAUAAUAAAAUUAAAAUAUAUCAUAAUAAAUAUAUAAAAAAUAUUACAUACCCUUUCACAAGACUUUUUAAAAAUUUAUCAAACAGUUAUAAGCAUAAUAAUAUCAAAAAAAAAAAUAAGCAUAUGCCACUACAAGAAAAUAUAAAUGAAAAUAAAAAUGAUAUUAAUAAUAUGUGUCAAAAUCAAAAUACUCAAUCAUAUGUAACAUGUUCCUCUGACUUAGAUAAACAUAAUAUUAUUCAACAAAAAAAAUCACACAAUGAUAACAACAUAAAUCUAAUAACUGAAAAUAUAAAAAAUGAAACCAAAAAUAAUGUUUGUUUUUAUUUAAAUAAUUCUCAUAACAUUCCUUUAUAUGGAGGUAUAAAGAAAGAAUAUCGAAUGUUUGCAACAGAAAUUUAUAAAGAACUAUUCGAUAUUUUUUUAAAAAAUAUUACUCUUACAUGUGUUUCAGAUACCUUUUUUGAGUUUUUAUUUAAAAUUACUAUAAAUAUAAGUAAUUUAAUACAUACUAUUGAUGAGAAACAAAAAAUAUUUGAAUCAUUUGAUCAACAACAUAAUUUUAAUAAUAUAAUUCAAUGGUCUCUUGAGAGGAAAGAAAAAUUUAGUGAAAAUAAAAAAUACCAACGAAAUGAUUUCAUUUCUUCUAAAAAUUAUACAUCCAAGAAUGAUAAUAAUAUAUAUCCCAAUAACAACAUAAAUGAUUUUUCAUCAUAUAAUUUUGAACGUAUACAAAAUAAUGAAAUUAAUCAUAAUAAUUAUAUUAAUGAGUUUUUCAUAGGACACAAUAAGGAAACAAAAAGGAAUAACCAAAAAAUUUCAAAAGAAGAAAAGGAAAAACUGUUCUCUUUCUUUAGUGAUGACCUAUUAAAUCGAAAAGUUGCACUUUCCGAAUUUUAUUUCUUGCUUAUUGAAUUGAAAUUAAAGUACUUCCGAAAUUUACCUUCUUAUUUCUACAUGUUCAAAGUAUAUAAGAAAUUAGAGAAAAAUAAUCGACUAAAACAGUUAAGAAAAUUAAAUAAUAAAUUGAAAAUAUGCCAAACAAUAAAUGAUGACAAAAAGAUUUUGUCUACUCAUGAUAAUAUGAGGUUAAAUGAAAUAAAGAAAAGUAUUCCAAUGUUAUAUAAAGAAUUUAAAAAUUUAUCAAAAAGCAUUGAGAAAUUAAAAUAUGAAUAUUUAAACUUGGAUAAAAAUUAUUCACGAACGUAUUCAUCGGACGACAGAAAAAUAACUGACAUGAAUAAUGUUAUUUUGUCAUCAAGUGAUAAUGAAAUUCAAAAUUUUGAUACAUUUAAAAAGGAAUGA